UGCGAAUCGUUGCUCUUCUCCAGCAUCCUCAAAAGAUCCCUGUCGCGGCGGGGUUUGCACCGGGUAUGUGCAGGGGGCGGAGCCCCGGAGGGAGACAGCCUUAGUUCCCGCCCCUGUUUGUCAGGAGCGGCGCGCACCACCUCUCCGGAACCCUCGGGUCGCCGGUUGCGGUUCCGGUCGGAGUUAGCCGGCGGUGCACGACGACAUGGCAGCGUUGGUAGUGAGAGGUGUUCGGGGCGUGCUGAGGUGUGCGGAGCUCGCCACGAUCCCGCGGAGACAUCGGCAUAAGAAGAAAUGGGCUGCCACAGAGCCCAAAUUUCCUGCCACUCAACUGGCUCUGCAGAAUUUUGACAUGACUUACAGUGUGCAGUUUGGGGAUCUUUGGCCAUCAAUCCGGGUCAGUCUCCUCUCAGAGCAGAAGUAUGGUGCACUGGUCAAUAACUUUGCUGCCUGGGAUCAUGUAAGUGACGAGCUGCAGCAGCUGAGUGCCAGGGACUUUGUGAAUGAAGCCAUCUCCCACGGGGAACUGGAGCCUGAGAGGGGCCAAACUGAAGCUCCAUCCCCAGCCUCCUGGGCCUACAGUCCAAACCUCCGGUGUUUUACUUUCAACAGAGGGGAUGUCAGUCGUUUCCCUCCUUCCAGGUUUGGCAGCCUGGGUGUCAUGGACUACUAUCUGAUGGACGCUGCCUCCUUGCUGCCUGUCCUAGCCCUUGGCCUGCAGCCUGGUGACACCGUGCUUGACCUAUGUGCAGCGCCUGGAGGAAAGACGCUAGCAUUACUGCAGACUGGCUGUUGCCGCAAUCUUGCUGCCAAUGAUGUCUCCACCUCCCGAACAGGCAGACUGCAGAAGGUCCUUCACAGCUAUGUGCCUCAAGAUAUCAAGGAUAGGAGUCGAGUUCGAGUUACCUCAUGGGAUGGCAGGAAAUGGGGGGAACUGGAGGGUGAUACCUAUGACCGGGUGCUGGUGGAUGUGCCCUGCACCACAGACCGCCACUCCCUUCGUGAGGAUGACAACAACAUCUUUCAGCGGUCAAGGAAGAAGGAGCGGCAAAUGUUGCCCAUGCUGCAGGUGCAGCUUCUUGCGGCUGGACUCCUUGCCACCAAACCGGGUGGCCACGUUGUCUAUUCCACCUGCUCACUCUCACACUUACAGAAUGAGUAUGUGGUACAAGGCACCAUCGAGCUCCUGGCCAAUCAAUACAGCAUCCAGGUUCAGGUGGAAGACCUGACUCACUUCCGAAAACUUUUCAUGGAUACAUUCUCCUUCUUCCCAUCCUGCCAGGUUGGGGAGCUGGUCAUCCCAAACCUCAUGGCCAAUUUUGGGCCUAUGUACUUUUGUAAAAUGUGUAGGCUGACAUAGCAACAGCCUGUUACUGAAGCCCUGGUGUAGGAGACACCAGAAACUGAGACCAGUGGCAAAGAUGUUCUCUGAGUCCUAUCUCCAUUCUGCUCAAGUCUUCCUACAGACAAUUUCCAGUUAUAGGAAGUAGGAGUUUCUCUGUCCUGCUGUCCAAUUGUGGAGCAUCAGGAGGUUUCUUACUUAUUAUAGCCCCAUCUCCAAGCCUGUGCUAAAAGUUCCCACCCCAUUAGGGACUUAGGAAUAUGAGCCAGUGAGCAGGCCUACAUUUUAAGCUGUAAACUUGGAAAGAAGCAUUUAGCCAAUAAAAUUGUUGAAGCUCUGUAGAGCUAGGGCUUUUAGUUUUCAUGUCAGUCCAAGUACUAUUAGUUCCAUUUGUACCAGCUGCUGCUACUGAGCACUAGUGCCAGGUGCCCAAAGCCCAGGACCUCAGCCUGGAUAUAAGCCUCUGGUUACCGAGCCCCUCUCAUACGUGAGGUGAGUUCUGAAUGAUCCAUCUUGAGCAGCCAGUGGACCCAAAAAAGUCUACCUGUUUUCUCUGUAUAGCCCACAAUCUAAAGGAACAGCAACUGAAAUUGUUAAGCCAAUGCAUAAUAAUCAGCUUACUUACACUGAAAGAGCUCUCCAGAGCUGAAUAAUUCCAGCUGUUCCUGCUACCAACAGCACUGCUGCCAAAUGUGGUGGGAAGCUGCUUCUGCCACAGGCUGUUUCUUCAUUAUUCAUCUAGCAAGUGUUCCUUGAGCUCCUGACUGACGGGUAGUCAGGGAGCUGUGGAGAUGUAGAAGUUGGGAUUGUGGAAGAUAAGGAGGACUCCUCAUCCUUUGGAAUGGCAGCUCUCCUCCUUUUGCUUUUGAGCACCUAGGAAUUCCUAAUAUCUUGUUUUGUUAUAUUUUGUUUUUGGUUUUGUUCUCUUGUUCCUGGCCUGCAGCUGAGCUCUGGUGUCAGUUCUUUGGCCCACCCCCAAAUCCCUCAGAGCUCUUCCCACCAUUGUAGGACUUCACCUCACAGAGUGUGUGAAGUUGGGGGCAACAUUGUUUACUGAAUACUUGCUAGUAAUGUUGUUUUAUAACUUUUUUGCACAAAGAAGGCAAUCUUUUAAUGACAGGGAUAUAAAACUUUUUUUCUGAAAAACUUGUCCUUGUGCAGAAAACGGUAUGUAAUUUUAGAUGCUUGAGUUCUGAGUUCUUCCCACUUUCCUUAGCCCUCCUCUACCUCUUUCUGUCACUCCCUUUGUUCUUUAUGCUUUCCCUGUUAAUCCUAGUUUGGGUAUUAGAGGUGUCAGCUGAGAAGGAUUUUAGAUGAGUUUAAACCUUCUCCUUUCUUGUAAUUGGCACUCUGAGGGCCUUGGAAGGCUUUCCAGACUCAAAAUCCAGCGAAGCUAGGAAGGUAGGUUCCAGGGAGUAGGGCCCUGUUUAGCCUCUGUGUGUGGUCUGUGGUACCUGCCUGCUGUUUACUCUGCCCUCAGUAUCUGCUGAGGCUGGGCAGCCUCAGGUGCCUGGGCUUCUGCCCUUGGCCUCCUGGGUAUACAGGCUGGUUCUAAUUAAAUGCUAAGCAGUGAUUAUUCAAGAGGAGAGGAUCUCCUGCCUGUGUGAUCCCUCCCAGUCUUAAUUAGGGACAGAUGAAACCAGAUAAGAAAAGCCGAGAACUACUUUGAAAAACAGUUUGUCUUCUAUAAUUGAACAUUAACCUACCCUACAACCCAGUUAUUCCAGUACUGGGAAUAAGUCCAAUAGACACUCAUACAUGUGUACCAGAAGACAUGUACAAGAAUGUUCAUAGCAAUCCUGUUCACAAAAGCAAACCCAAAUGCCCAUGAGCAAGAGAGUGGAUAAAUAAACUGGAACAGUCACACAAUGGUAUCCUAUAUAGCUAUCAAAACAAAUGAACUACAGUGACUCUUAACAAGAUGGGUGAAUCUUCACAAUAAAAUAUUAAAUGAAAAAGUUGAGUCCCAAAAGAUUAAAUGUAACAUGAUGCUCUUUUAAAGAAAAAACAAAAACAACUUUUUCUUUUUGGUUAUUACUUACCAAAUUUAAAAUUUAUCAAUUUUUAACAUGCUGUUUAAGGAAUUUUGAUAAUUGUAUAUAAUAGCAUAGCCACCA